AUGGAGGAUCUCCGCAGGUUCAAAGAUCUGAGCCCUGAUGAAGUUUCAAUAGAUGCUAUUCGAGAAGUGUGCGAGGGGAAGCAAUCAGAAAUCUUCCAGCGUUACCCAGAAGGGAGCUUCGACCCAAACUGCUGCUUCAGUAUUUAUUAUGGGGACCACAUGGAAUCUCUGGACCUGGUUUCGUCGAAUGGUGAGGAGGCCCGAACAUGGAUUACAGGCCUCAAGUACUUGAUGGCGGGGAUCAGCGAUGAAGACAGCCUGUCGAAACGGCAGAGAACACGUGAUCAAUGGCUAAAGCAGACAUUUGCUGAAGCAGAUAAGAAUGGGGAUGGCUGUCUGAGUGUUGGUGAGGUCCUGCAACUAAUGCAUAAACUCAAUGUUAAUCUGCCUCGCCAGAAGGUCAAACAGAUGUUCAAGGAGGCAGACACGGAUGAGAACCAAGGGACAUUGGACUUUGAAGAGUUUUGUGCUUUUUAUAAGAUGAUGUCCACACGCCGAGACCUCUACCUUUUGAUGCUGAUGUACAGUAAUCACAAAGACCAAUUAGACUGCGAUGGCCUGAAGAGAUUUCUGGAGGUGGAGCAGAAGAUGACCAGUGUUACAAAGGAACAUUGCCUGGAGAUCGUUGAUAAAUUUGAGCCAUGCCUGGAGAACAGGAAGCAAGGGGUCCUUGGGAUUGAUGGUUUCACAAACUACAUGAGAAGCCCAGCAGGUGAUAUUUUUAACCCUGAACAUUACAAAGUGAGCCAGGACAUGACACAGCCUAUGUGUAACUAUUACAUUGCCUCCUCUCACAACACCUACCUGAUGGGGGACCAACUAAUGUCACAGUCCCGAGUGGACAUGUAUGCUUGGGUACUACAGACCGGUUGUCGCUGUGUUGAAGUUGACUGUUGGGAUGGACCAGAUGGAGAGCCCAUUGUUCACCAUGGCUACACACUCACCUCCAAGAUCCUCUUCCGAGAUGUGAUUGAAACUAUCAACAAGUAUGCCUUUGCAAAGUCCGAAUACCCGGUUAUUCUCUCCAUUGAAAACCACUGCAGUGUACCCCAGCAGAAAAAGAUGGCCCAGUAUCUAUGCGAGAUCUUGGGUGAUAAACUUGAUGUGUCUUCAGUGCAUGUAGAUGACAUGACUCAGCUUCCUUCACCUGAUAGCCUGAAGGGCAAGAUUCUUGUAAAGGGAAAGAAACUCCCUGCGAAUAUCAGCGAUGAUGCUGAAGAAGGUGAGGUGUCGGAUGAGGACAGCGCAGAUGAAAUCGAAGAUGACUGCAAGUUGAUGAAUGGAGAUGCUGUGGCCAACAGGAAACAUGUAGAGAGUGUGGCUAAGAAGAAGCUCGAUUCAUUGCUGAAGGAAUCGAAAAUCAGAGACCGGGAAGAUCCAGACAGCUUCAGUGUGAAUGCCAUCCCUCAAGCAGGGAAACUGUGUCAGAAAUCAGACUCAAAGAAGGAGAAAUGCAGCUCUGGGUCCGUGUCUACAAUGGAAAAGUCUGGGAGUAAAGUUGAAGAUGGAACUGACUCUGGAGAAGAUCCAACCACUAACAAGAGACACAGUCGGUCUUUCAUUGGCAGCUUCUCCAAGCGUAAGAAAAAGACAGUGAAGAUGAAGAAGUCAUCGAGCUUGGAGGAUGAUGAGGAAGAUCACGAUCAUCAAGCAAGUGCUUGUAGAACAACAGUGAAUGUGAUGAGAAGUGGCAGGCAGAAGAAGACCAUGAAGCUGUCCCGGGCCCUCUCGGAUCUGGUCAAAUAUACAAAGUCUGUUGGGAUGUGUGAUAUUGACUCUGAAGUGUCAUGCAGUUGGCAGGUCUCUUCCUACAGUGAAACGAAAACCCACCAACUCCUUCAGCAAAAGCCACAGCAGUUUGUCCGCAUGAACCAACAGCAGCUCUCUCGCAUCUACCCAUCCUCCUACAGAGUGGAUUCCAGUAACUUCAAUCCUCAACCCUUCUGGAAUGCUGGCUGCCAGUUAGUUGCACUUAACUACCAAACUGAAGGAAGAGUUCUACAACUAAACAGGGCCAAGUUUAAUUCCAAUGGAAACUGUGGAUAUGUCCUUAAACCCAAGUGUAUGACUCAAGGUAACUUUAACCCAACAGCAGAAGACUUGCUGUCUGGACAACCAAAGAAACAGCUCGUAUUGAGGAUCAUCAGCGGCCAACAGCUUCCAAAACCCAAAGACUCCAUGCUGGGUGACAGGGGAGAGAUCAUUGACCCUUUUGUGGAGGUUGAAAUAAUUGGCCUGGCUGUUGACUGCUUUAAGGAGCAGACCAGAGUCGUAGACGACAACGGGUUUAAUCCAAUGUGGGAGGAAACACUGGUGUUCACUCUGAAUAUGCCCGAACUCGCUCUUGUCCGCUUCCUUGUCUGGGACCAUGAUCCAAUUGGCCGGGAUUUUAUUGGUCAAAGAACUUUAGCAUUCACCAGCAUGAUGCCUGGUUAUCGGCAUGUGUAUCUGGAAGGAAUGGAGGAGGCUUCUAUCUUUGUUCAUGUAGCUGUCAAUGACAUCAGUGGUAAGAUCAAGCAAGUCAUGGGAUUAAAGGGCCUUUUCCACAGAAAUCCAAAGCAGGCUUCACUCGACAGUCAUGUUGCUGUACUGCUCACUCACAAACCCUCUUUUAGCAGCCAGAUCCUCCGCAGAACUGCCAGUGCCCCAACCAAAGGGCAACCGAAGAGCAAAAAGGGCUUUCCUCAAAUCGUUCUAGAUACCAAAGACUACAGUUCAGAGGGAGCAAGUGAGUCUGAUGAUACAUCCCAGCCUCGGUUUGAGCAGGAUGCUGGAUGUGCUGAGACUGCUCUGGAAGGUGCUGACAAGGCUGGCACCGAUGGGGAAGUGCAGACAGAGGCCUUUAAAGGUGUCCAGCCAUUCUCACAUCCAGUUCCAAGCAUUCCCAUGCACACUCUCGAAACUAUUAGUGAAGAAUCUAUGCAUUUGGAGGAUAGAACUUGCACUGACUCCCAGCAGAUGUCCUCAUCUAUUGUGAGCAGUUCCAGAGAAGAAACCACCAACUCAGAAGAACACUUAGUUCCAGAGAGCAGUCCGCCACCACCAAAAUCAAUAAAGAUCUCUACCAAUGAUAACCAAGCAAUAAAGGCCCCAGAGGCAUGUUACAGUGAGGAACAGUUGGAAAAUGGAGCUGUUUGUCCGGGCAAGGAUCUCCUCAGAGGAGGUAACGUUUGUCUUGCAUCAAAUCUCCAUGAAGCUUCUCAGGAUGAUGAUGAAGCUUCCCAGUUUUCUGAUGACAAUGCAAGUUUGUGCACUUCCAUUGAUCACUCCAAAACCACAAUGAGCUCUUCUCAAAGCCAGAAAGAUCCCUCAUUGGCACCAGAUGGCCAAUGCAAGGAGAAAGCUGGAAUCCUCAGUGACCAUCUGGAUCAAUUUGAUGUUUUACCCAUGGGAUCCUCAGCCAGUAAUUCUGUUCAGGAAGAGUCUGGUGAGAGAUCGGACAGCAGAGAAUCAGCUGAAUCUCAGAACUGUCCUACAUUUGAUUUAAUCUCCAGUUCUCCACCACAAGGUGCUCAACAUGGGUGUGACAAACAUUCCCCUGGUUGUCUUGUUAGGACAAACGUUCACCCUGAUAUCGUACGGAGCAUUAGUUGCGACGGACAUCUCAUUCAAAGUCAACAGUCAUUGUUGGUGACUCAUAUCCAAAUGUGCACCUCUCCUGUGCCUGCGGUGUCAUCAGAUGUGACCAUUAAUGAUAGAAUCUGGUGUAAAUUGGAUUGUGGGAACCACAGGGAUAGUAUGUCCUCGUCAUCCAGUAUGUCAUCAAAUGACACUGUCAUUGACUUGUCAUUACCCAACUUGGCCCGGAAGAGCUUGUCUGAUCUGAGCAGCAGGCAGAACGAAACUUUGGAAGGGCUUGUGAUAGAUAAGCCGAUAAGGCCUCGAUCGGCCACAACUGGUCAUGAAAUGCUCACCAAAGUUAGCAAAAGUAAGUCUAAUCCCAAUUUAAGAUCUCAUGGUGACCAGCAACAAGUUGAUGACCUUCAACCAAAGCCCUUGGGUAAAUCAUUGCCAAUUCCCGGCCAGUCAAACUCAAGGCGACACACCUGGAAUAGGCUAUAUAUGGAAAGCCUCAAACAGUCUUCCCCAACUCUCAAUUCCAUAACACAAAGCAGAAAGGUAGCAGACUGUCCAAGUAAGUCAAAGAGCCUGGGGGACCUAACUUCUGAUGAUAUUGUGCCCAGCUUUGACAGCAAGUACAAGAGCAUUAGUCGGACCUUUAUCACAAAGCCCAUGCGUGAGCAGCGCAGAGCAGCUGGCAUAAAGAGAUUCACCCAGGACAAUUUGACGGAGCAGCUGAAGAGGAUCACAAGCUUUGAACGGGAAAAUGAUAUCACUUCUCCCACCACUGGCCAACCUCCAGAGACUGAGGACUGUAGCCCGGUUGUCCUGCGCAGAGCUUCAUCAAGGAGCCAGAGCCGGGUGCGAUAUAUUGCAAACCGGGCGAAGCAGGCACAGGAACGGCUACGGCUGCAGAAUCUGGGGCAGAGCAACCCGUCCAGCAUGCUGGAAGAGAGGGGUAACCCAGAGGGGGCCUGCUGUGACGCUAAGAGCAUUUGCACAGAUGUAGCUCUGCCCUAUCAAAUCCCAGAUGAAGUCAAGGUCCCAAAAACUGCUAACAACGAGACUGAGGUCUUCUUCAUGCUAAAACUUUAAGACCUGUUACAAAGAGAGCUUACUGAGGUCAAAUAAAUCGAAAUGCAUCAGGAGACUUCAAGAAUGAUCACGUGAUGUUUUCACUGCAAGAGCAGUACUGAGAAGCAACAUCCUUGGGAAUGGGUCCAACUUUCGAAAAGCUUGAAUUUGUGCGUUAUUUUUAUGUUGCACUUCUGGUGUGCCAUAUUUUGCACAAAUGGUGUAGUUUGCACUGGUAUAACUUUUACAAUGCAGGUGCAAACGGAUGCAGAAGAAAGCACUAAGAAUUGCGCAAAAACAGCAAGGGAGAAGAGAGUGAGACCUAGUGAAAGACAGAAAAUAAAUUCAGCUCUUAAGAGCUUGUGAACAACUAUGUCUUCCUACCAUCAGUGGGGAUGUGAAAUAUGUGGCAGUGGUGUUUAUUAUCUAAUGCUACUCAUUUUGAGUCAGAGAUCAGGCAAAUGUGUCUUCAGUUCCUAGGUGUUGCUGUUGUAUCUUAGCCCCCAUCUGGAUACAUAUUUACAACAUGACACAACUGCCUGAAUUAUUUUUUAAAACUAUGUAUGCUCUUGUAUAAAAAUAAAAUUGCACGAUAAUGUUUUUAUUUAAAAUACAAUAUCAUUAGAUUGUUUUAAAAUGAAUAUCACCAAAAAAACAGAAAAGGAUGCUGUGUAUUUAAUAAAUGUGCAGCAAUGUGUAUGAAUUGUACUUUCCAAACAAAAGCUAUGUCCAAUCUUUCUUUAAAGUGUUGCAUGUUUUUUUAAUUGUGAUUUUAAUACACAACCAAAUAUAGCUUAAAAAGUGUAUACUUAUAUUCCAUGACCAACUCCAUACACAAAGUAUAACCAUGGCAAUUGUUCCAGAUGUGAUGAUUAUUGUAUUAACCCUUUUAGUGGGCAGUUGUAAUGAGAAAAAUGUUCUCAGGAGGUACAACUCUCUGAUUCGUGUUAGGUGGUUUGAAGCCAGCUGGAGUCUUAAUGUAGAAAGGCUCCUUCCACCUAUCCAGAGAAAGUUGUCCAAGAAUCUAACCCUAGCCUGUGUUAGGUUAACUGAUGCCCAAGUGGGGUCCAAGUUGGAGCGAGGAAAUUGGUCUUUUGAACUCCAGACAGGAAAAACAUCUCACUGAAGUGCGUUUGUAAGUGCCUAGGUGUGGACAGUUGGGAAGAAAGUACCAGAUUUCCACUACCCUUCGCCCAUGGUUUCCCACCAUGAAAUGUCAAUGGCUUGGCAUUAAGUUUGAUGUUACGCCCCCUUGUUCUGGGCUCACCUGACCCAUGGUAAAUAGUUUCUCUCCAUCCACCCACUUUAAUCCUUGAAUCAUUUCAAACACCUUGGCCAGAUCUCCCUUUACUGAACACAAACCUAACUAAGCUGCAAACCACUUUGUAAGCACAUACCAGCAGAUGAUUGGGUGUCGGACCAAAAAGAAAGACGUGCUCGUGAAGGAAUCAGUGAAAUCAAGUUCCUCUAAUCUUCUGCAAUCACUGUCAUAACUUGAACAUAACUGAGGAAGUGGAAUGUAAAAUGGAAUAUACUCGAUUACCUGAGGUCGCCAUCAUUAUUGCCAGUUUCUAAGUUGCCUGUAAAGUGUCAAACAUGCAAUAGCCCCUUAGAAAGUGAAUGGCUUGUCAGGGGUGGGAACUCUGUAGAAUGGGAAUUCUCUUGUACUCCUGGUUCAGAAUGAGGCCCAGUGCACUCUGUGCAAACUGAAACCUAUGAUAAGUUGCACAUUAUGAGGACAGUGGUGUUGUUGACUAAGCAAAGUAAUCAAUUAAUGUAAAACAAAACUCAACCUUGAUGUGACAAAAACACCUGACAGAGAACAUUAGCAUUCUGAGAAUCAAAGAAUCGUUAUAGUGUAGAAGGAGGCCAUUUGAUUCGUUGUAUCUUCACCAGCCUCCAAAUAAGCAAUCUACUUAGUGCCAUUCUUGCACUUUCUUCUUGUACCACUGCAUGUUCUUCCUUUAUAGAUCACAGUCUAAUUCCCUCAUGAACACUUGACUUGAACCUGUUUCUGACAUACUGUUAGGCAAUGCAUUCCAGACUGCAACACACUGCAUGAAAAAAGUUCGUCUCAUGUCGUUUUGCUUCUUUCAUUAACCUGUGCCCUCUGUUUCUUGAUCCUUUCACAAAUGGGAACAGUUUCUCACUAUCUGUCCAGACUCUUCAUGAUUUUGAAUACAUUUAUCACAUCUCCUCUCAGUAAUCUUUUCUUUAAGAGCAAUCUGAACUUCUCCAGCCUACCUUCAUAACUGAAAUUCCUCACUCUAGGACCAUUGUUGUGAAUCUUUUAUGCACUCUCUCCAGUGUCUUCUUCCUUCCUAAAGUAUGAUGCAAUACUCUAGCCGAGGUUGAACUAAUGUCUUCUACAAGUUCAGCAUAACUUUGAAAAGCAGAAAACUGUAGAUUCUGGAAAUCCAAAACAAAAACAGAAAAUUCUGGAAAAGCUCAGCAGGCCAAAAAAUGUCCGUGUUGACAGAGCAGUAGUCAAUCUUUCAGGCCUUACCAGUUUCAUUUUAGUUUCAACAUAACCUGCUUGCUCUUAAAUUCUAACCUUAUCUGUCUUUCUGUAUUGUUGAUGCAAUUUCAAACUCUCAAGCAUGGCUACGCACGAAGAGUUGGGAUCCCAAUACCUACUCCUUCUGUCAGCACAGUUACAACAUUUCAACAGCUUAUUCCUCACUUACCUCUUUAACCCAAAAGUCAAGGUGGCAACAACAGUUACAAAUGUUUAUGUGGCACCUUGAUUAUAGAAACAUCCCAAGCCACUUCAGAUGGAGUGUUACCAGAAAGCAUUUGGCAUUGAGCCACUGAAGGAGAUAUAACCAUUUUCUUUAAAGAAGCAUCUUAAAAGAAGUUUAGGAAGGGACUUUCAGAGCUGAGGAUCUAAGAGCCUGAAGUCAUGUGCACCAGUGGAGAAGUGAUAAAAAUUGGGUUUGCUCAAGAUAGCCAGCAAUGGGGAAAAACAGAGACCUCAGAGGGUUAUUAAGCUGAAGAAUGUGAUGAUAAAGAGGAGGAAAGCAGAUGCACAACCAGAAAAGGAGAAACGUUAUAUAGGAUGGAUUGAUGUGAUGGCAGUUACAUGGAAUGCAGACUACAAUUCUCCCCAUCUUUUCCAGACUGGUGUUUAUGCUCCACAGAGCUACCUCCCAUCUUGCUUUAUCUCACCCUAAUUCUAAAUCCUUCUAUUCAUUCACUUCCCCUUGAAAAUAUCUGUAAUAUUUGUCUUACACUCCCUGUGGUGGCUAACUCCACAGUUUAAUUUCUAUGUACAGAGUGUCUUCCAAAUUCUUUAUUGGAUUUGAUCUUAUAUUUGUCACCUCCAGAUGUAGUAGUCCCACAAGUAGAAUCAUCUUCCAUAAAUCCCUAUAAACUGUGUCUGUUGGAGCCCGUCAUAAUCUAUCAGGUCUCUCCUCACACUCUCUGCCCCACCAGCCUCUUUUCUGUAGAAAACAGCAAUAGCUUGGUCAAUCUUCCCUGCUAAUGAUAACUGCUUAAUUCUGGUAUCCUUCUCGGUGUCAAUGCUGUUGCUCAGUUGGGCAGGAGAGAAUUAGACUUCAUACCAAUUGUUGACAUCAUCUCACUGCCCAAAGAUCUCUCAGGUACCAGAGGAACUAUGAAGACUCUACACUGCGCACUACACUGGCGGCAAACCUCAGAAUUUUAGUGAAAGUUGAACUUUACAGUUCAAUGAGGGUUGGUUUAAUUUGGUUUGGCGUGAACAAGCCAAACUGUAGGCAUUAGAAAAUUAAAUGAUUCAUUCAUUCAUAAUUGUCUUAAUGCACUUAAUUCCAAGAACUUUUCCAUCCUUGAUUUUGUACAUUUUACUUAACUACGUUGUAACUUACAGAUUGAUCACUGGUUGCACUAACCCUUGCAUGAUGUAUCGUUUCAACCAGAGAUGUUCUAGAUAUUGUUAAUAUUUAAAAUGCAGAAGAGCCAAAUUUUAGGAGUGAAAUGCAUACUGGGAGCAUUUUUGAUUUAAGUUGUUUUAUUUUAAAUGUCUGAUCAAAAAUAAUAAUUAAAUGUUUCAGGUUAUGAAAUGAGAAUGUCUUGUUUCCAGAUAUCUUGGAUGUAAUAUUUCAAUUGACGCACAGUAUCUUCCGUGUACAUUACUGAGAGUCACGAAUGUGAUAUGUCCACAUGGCAAAAAAAGUACAGAAUACAAAUCUGUAUCUUCCUACCACUUUGAUAAUUCUGCAGCAGCUAUCUGCGAUUUUAAACACUAUUUGUAAUUAAACUAUUGUACCAAUCAAAUAAAAUGCAAUAGAGUUUGCUGUAA